AAGUCGCUGUCGUGUCACGUGACCGCCCUGGCUGGACGCAGCAUGGCGUGCGUGAGUGCGGAGCUCCUCCACAAACUCUACUUUAUUUGCACUUAAUUCGUCUUUAUAUUCAAUCCAACAAAGGGGACGUGAACGUACUGAAAGCUGGAAUACCGCUCGCAGCAUGGACGAAGGGAAUAAACUCCAGUUCCCGUCCCUGCCCGCCGCCAAAGAAGAGCAGCUGGACUGGGCAUAUCCAAUGAGAAGAGAGAUGCAGGAAAUCCUCCCGGGCUUGUUUCUUGGCCCCUAUUCAGCUGCUAUGAAGAGUAAGCUCUCAAUGCUGGAGAAGCAGGGGAUAACUCACAUUGUGUGUGUCAGACAAGACAUUGAGGCCAACUUUAUAAAGCCAAACUUUCCCCAUAAAUUUAGGUACCUUGUUUUAGAUAUAGCAGAUAACCCAGUGGAAAAUAUUAUAAGAUAUUUCCCAAUGACUAAAGAAUUUAUUGAUGGAUGUUUAGAGACGGGGGGAAAGGUACUUGUUCAUGGAAAUGCAGGGAUAUCAAGAAGCGCUGCCUUAGUUAUUGCCUACCUUAUGGAGACAUUUGGUGUGAAAUACAGGGAUGCGUUUAGUCAUGUACAGGAGAGACGAUUUUGCAUUAAUCCCAAUGUAGGCUUUGUUCAUCAGCUACAAGAAUAUGAAGCAAUAUAUCUGGCAAAGCUUACCAUCAAGAUGAUGUCACCCAUUCAGUUGGGCAGGUCUUUCUCCAUCCAAGCUGGGAUGCCAGGAAGUCGAAAGCGAACACUAGAAGAGGAUGAAGAUUUCGGGAGUAUGCAAGUUACAGCAGCACAAAAUUGAUAGGCUUUACU